CCCCUUGGCUGGCUGGCGUCUGGCGGACUUCACCGGAGGGUGGACGGGCCCCGCAGGAACCUUCGGGCCACCCUCAGGCCACCGCCGAUUCUGCCGCGCGUCUGGAGGCGCUGGCCUCGCGCGGGGCGGCGGAGUUGGGACCGUCUUGGGGCCCCUGGGAGCUCCGGAGAGCGGUGGGUCUUCCCACCCAAUGAGCCGAAAUCCCGUGGCCUGCUCACCCUGACAAGGCACUCCUGAGGUCGAGCUGCCCCUGGGUUCUCCACUUUUCCUCUCGCCACCCACUUCUCUCUCCUACCUCGUUGCUCAGGCUCGGGCCACCUCACCUGCCUAAGGUUUUUCCAGCGUAGGACUAAGAUGUCAGGCUUCGGAGCAUCUCCAUGCCAAGGCAAAAGUGAACACGCUAUUAAUGAGCCCAGUACGUUUUCUUAAAGUUUGGGUAGCGCUCACUUCUUUGCAUGUCAGUGAUUGUGUUGAUACGCGCGUCCUUCCCCCAGCCCUGUGGCCUCAGGUAGUUGAGUAGCAAGGGGCAGGGCUACCCCACGGGCUUUGAAAAGGAUAAGAUUUCAGACUUUUAUUUACUUCUUGGGAGUGUGGGGGGAGCAUCAGGCAGAACCGAGGAACAGUGAAUCAGCAACUCGAGUUUCUUGAACCUUUGAUGAUGAGGAAGGUUGCCCAGAGCCACGUGCUGAAUUAAAAAUCUUACAUCAGCAUCUUUUCCAAGCCCAAGCAGCUCCAUUCGUACCUUUCUCACUAGUAGAGUUGCAUAGAUGUAGUUAAGAUAGGCAGACCCUUUGUUAUGUGCCAUUUCACAGGUCUGUAGUUAUUACAGUUUCUUAGUUUAUUAUUUAACAACUUAGUGGUAAACCUUUUCUUCAUUGUAUAAUUAGGAGAUUAUUCUGAGACAAGAUAAAUUGGUCCUUUUGACAACAGAUUAUUGAGUAUGAGUUGUAAAGAUUUGUUGACUACCCUCACUUCAUAGCAGAGCAGGAUUACUGAUGAUCUGGAGACUGAAGAACAUUUUCACUUUCAACCUUUUCAUAUUUUAGGAUAUAAGUUUAAUGUUCAUUGGGUUUUAUUUGAUUAGUUUAAAUUGACCAGGAGUUUUUCCAGUACAUUUCAUCCUGUAUUUAGUAAACUAAAAUUUUAAGAGCAGUUGAUGUUUGCUUUGUAACAUCUAAGCUUCUGGUUCACUGUUAUUACUCAGGGUAAUUCUUUAGAGUUUUGCUAAUUAAAUCAAACAGAAAUAUGAAUAACUCUCCUCCCUUUCUUUUCUUCCCUCCUUCCCUCCUUGUAUGUAGAACUGUCAGGACCAUAAGCAGACAAUAAAGUUUCAGAAAGGGCUUUACCACUCGUCCUGUUUCCAACUCUUCUAUGUAGGUGAAAUCACGUUAAAAUGAACAUUACAGAAAUCUAUCACAAGGAAAUGAAGUAGAGAUUGAAAAUAACCUGUAGUAUGAAAGUCAAGAAAAAGACUAUGGAGUAGUUUUACUCUCUUUACCUUGCAAAUGAGAGUCCUUAGAGAUGAUAUUUUGGGAUUAAAGAAAGAGGUUUGGGGCAUGUUUUCAUUCCACAUAAAGUAACCGAGUGUCACAAAAUCAAAAGAAAUGAAUGUGAACAUUCUGGGGGUUUUUGGGAUAACGUUCCAAAUUAAAGACUAACCUUUCAAUAUGUUCUUCUCAUUUUUAGAUAGUGAAUUCCCAAGAAGAAAAUAAUGGAUUUCAUAUUAGUUAUUCUCUAAAUGUUUGGACUCAGCAGCGUGUAGGUUUGUUGCAAAAGCUAAAAGAAGAUGGCAACUCCUUAUGUCCCAGUUCCUAUGCCCAUAGGGAACUCUGCUUCCACUUUUACAACCAACAAAAACCAAAGAAGUUCUUCUUUUGGGAGUAUCUCAACAAGUUCAAACUCUUCCAAAGGCCAGUUAGAGGACUCAAAUAUGGGUAAUUUUAAACAGACAAGUGUACCUGAUCAAAUGGAUAGUACUUCAUCUGUCUGUAGCAGUCCCCUCAUUAGGACUAAAUUUACAGGUGCAGAUUCUUCCAUUGAGUAUUCUACUAGACCAAGAGAAAGUGAGGAACAAAAUCCUGAAACAGUGUGUUUGGAAGAUAGACCUUCUACACCUACUAUAUUGGGUUAUGAGGUGAUGGAAGAAAGAGCUAAAUUUACCGUAUAUAAAAUACUAGUAAAGAAAACCCCAGAAGAAAGCUGGGUGGUUUUCAGAAGAUACACUGACUUCUCUAGGCUUAAUGAUAAAUUAAAAGAGAUGUUUCCAGGCUUUCGAUUAGCACUUCCACCAAAACGCUGGUUCAAAGAUAAUUACAAUGCCGACUUUUUAGAAGAUAGACAAUUAGGAUUGCAAGCGUUUCUUCAAAAUUUAGUGGCUCACAAGGACAUUGCUAACUGCCUCGCAGUGAGAGAAUUUCUUUGUCUGGAUGAUCCGCCAGGUCCAUUUGACAGCCUAGAAGAAAGCAGGGCUUUCUGUGAAACUUUAGAAGAGACAAAUUACCGUUUUCAAAAAGAACUACUUGAAAAACAAAAAGAGGUGGAAUCACUGAAGAAACUGCUCAAUGAAAAGCAACUUCAUAUAGAUACUCUAGAGAACAGAAUUAGAACAUUGUCUUUAGAACCUGAAGAAUCACUGCUCAUGUGUGGAACGGAAGGUGGACACAUCCCAAAGGUGGAGUCCUCUGCACCUGAGGUUGAUAGAGAUGAUUUACAUGAAGAAUCUAGAGCUGAUGAUAAGCCAUGCUUAAGUUUGAGUGAACCUGAAAAUUCUGUAUCAGACAUAGAAGUAGCAGAAGUGGCAUACAGUGCUGAGGACGACUAACUGCGAGCAGUUCCUUCCAUUUCUAUGUUUCGGCAAAUUUAGAAUAGAGUGGGAAAUAGUUAAAAAAUAAAAGAAAGACUGAAGCAUUUACGGAAAACAAAAAGAUUGCACAUGUAUAAAGUUUACAUAAAGAAAAGUUUUUUAAGUUAUCGGGAUAGGAAAUGUAUUCAUUGCUGCUUUAAACUAUCUUUUAUCCAACCUUUGUAUUUAAUACACCAAAAAAAAAAAAUCUAGUUAGAAUUCUGUUAUCAAAACUAAAUUCUUAAAUAAUGUGCAUAAAUUAUUUUGGCUUUUUGCCAAUAUAUUGCUCCAAACUAAUGUGUGUAUGCACGCUUGUGUGUGUGUGUGUGUGUGUAUGUAUGCGUGUCUGUUUGUGUUUAAAUUGCCAAUUAUAUCAGUUAAGUGGACAUUAAAUGCAUGUUGCUAUCUGGUUGAUAUAUACUUCUUUGUAUCUCUGACAUGAUAUAUUUUCAUUAGUGGUUUAAAUCAGUGGUAAAGAUGAAUUAAGUUUUAAAUAUUGACAUGUUUGCCAUCUGUAAAUAAAAAUUGCCUGUUGCAAUGUUAUUGCUAUUUAAAAAGAAGAAAACUUUCUAAUACCAAAGGAAAACUAUUUGAAAGAGCUAUAGUAACAUAAUAACAUAGCUAAAGUGAUAAAAUAGCCUUGAUUUUAAAAGCUAACUCAUUAUCAGAAUAUUAUAAGUGUCCUAGUUUAUUAUAAUAUGUUGUACUGAUUUUCCACAUAAUCUUUAUCUUAAAUCUCUACCUGUAGAAUCAGUGAGUUUGCCUCUUUCAGAAUACUACCUCUUUUUGCUAAUCAAAAUAUACUCUUUUGAAAAUAUUGAUUCUAAGCAAAUAGGGAGUUAUACAAAAAAAACACAAAAUAAAAAGCCAUAUAUACUAUAAAGUUCCUAAAUAUGUUGACUCCUGGGAUUGCAUUUUUAUCUCUGCAUAUGUGAAUAUGUUGCUAUAAUGUAUUAAGGCUGAUUUUCCUUUUAAUAUAUUUAGCCAAGUGAUGCACUUUAUGAUAAUUAAACUCUUUUGUGCCAAGUU